CCCUGAUUCUGGAUCAAAUAUUGUCCUCUUCUUUCUUCUGUCCUUUCUCUGGUCUCUGCAUAAAGUGAUUAAUCGGUCACAUUCCGAAGUUCAUUAGUAUCAAAUGACAAUGACGUCACAAGCCUCGCCCAAUGACGCAUUCUGCUUUUGCUCGAGCAAUGACGAAGAAGCACGUGAGCCAGGAUAAUUUCAUUAGCUUUGACAGUUGUUACUGGUUAUCGCAUUGCCAACACGUAACGGUAUAUUAUUUACGUUUGUUAAUUUCUUUCGCAAAUUAUGGGCAUGCAAGUGUACUCGACUACUCAAGAAAUGAUGGGUUAGUUGAUGACAUAUAAUGAAUGAGUUAAAGGUUUGUCCUGCAUCUGAAAGGCGUCAAGUGCUUUAUCAAGAAAGCAGUGAAAAGUCCAUUUUUUAAGAAUCUGGAAAAUCAUCAGUAAAAGACAGGUGCAUAUGAAAAGAAGAAUGAAAAAUUACUUAUAAUAUCAUGGGUGACAAAAGUAAAUUUGGAAUUGAGUGUAUUAUUUCUAGGAUUUUUUCCCAAAUGCAAAGUGAUAAUAUGGAAUCUCGUACUUCAUCAAGAAGCAACUUGUCUGAAAGCAGCUCUUGGGACUUUGACACCAUGUGUCAGAAUACAGCUAAAUUGGAUGAAAUGAUGUCAAGCAUGAAGCAAGGAGAAAAUGUACCAUGCAAAGUCUGCAAAAAGCGAAAAGAUACCCUAGCAAGGCGAGAGGAAAUAGCAUGGCAACGAGAAGAAAUCAUACAUACAAGAGAGAAGGAAUUACGUGAGUGGGAAUUAAUGCUAGAAGAAAAAAGUAGAGUUCUAAAUGAAAAAGAAAUUAAAUUAAAGUAUGAUGAAGGGAAGGUUUUACAAAUAGAACCUGUGUAUAAUUCAGAAAAGAAUAGCAGGAAUUCUAGUUUAUCUGAUAAUGGUCAUUGUUCUUUGAAUUCAGAGCAGCAGAGAAAUGAGAAUGUAAAGAAUGAAUUUUUAUUGGAAAGGGAAAAGUUACUUCAAGAGAAAGAGAAAAUUAUUUUUGAAAAAAUGGAGAAUAUUGUGAAGAAAGAGCAAAGCAUAGCCCUAAAAGAACAAGAAUUGAAUAAUCAAAGAAUAAUUUUUAAUAAAGAAAGAGAGUUGCUGUCUCAAAAAAAUCACAGUCUUGAUUUAAGAGAGCUAGUAGUUAAAAAGAUUGAAGAGGCUGUUGAAAGGAAAUUGAACAGUAUCUGUGAAGAGAAAAAGUCCCUAGAUGAGAAAAAUAUAUUAAUAACUCAAAAAGAAAAUUCUUUAUCUACUGUUGCUGAAUAUAUUCAGAACAAAGAACAGUCUUUAAAUGAGCGAGAAAAUGUGAUAAUUGAAAAAGAAAAAAAUAUUAUUCAACAAAUAAGUAAUUGGGUGAAAAACGAUGGAACUGAAUCUCCAGAUGAAGAAAAUAAAGAGUUACAUAAUAAGUUUGAUGAAAUAUUUGAUGAGAAAUGGAAAUCUAUUCAAGAGAGAGAAAAUACUGUUGUAAAUAGUGAACUAAUUCUCCAAGAGAAAUGGAAGGAGUAUUCUGAAGGUAAAGAACUUUUAAAAUCUGAGGAAGAAAGUCUGCAAGCCAUUAGGGACACUUUUGAAAAAGAGAAAAAUAUUCUAAGGGAAUGGGAAAGGCUUCUUGAAAAACGAGAGAAAGUAAUUGAGGAAAAAUAUGAAUUAAUUGAUGGUAACAUUGACAAUAAAAGAAGCUUUCUUGGUGUUGAAUCUGUAAGAACUUGGCCAUCACCUCUAGAUGUUCAGACUGAAACUGAUGUAAGGAUGAAUAGAAGUUCUCCAUUUGGUGCUGUGGGACAAAUGUUAAAUGGUGAUAUCAGCUUAAAACUAUCAGAUGCAGAUGAAAAUGUAGACUUGUCUAAAGAUAUUCCUAACUCAGAAAACCGUGAAAUAUCGGGAGAUGAAUUAUUUCAAAUAUUAGAAAAAGAAAAGGAGUCCUUUCAUGCAUUAUUAUUGAAGGAGAAUGCUAAUACUUCCACAGACACUGGAGAAUCUGGCAAUUCAAAAAAAAAUCAUGAGUUGACAGAACCUGUAAAAGCAUUCUUUAAUAAUAAAAUUAAUGUUUCCUCGAGUAUAGGUAUGAACGUAGGGGAACAGGUUGUAUGUGUGCCUCAAAUAAAUAGUAAAGUUACUCAUUUAUCAUUCGAUGUUCAUGAAGAAAAAAAUAAAGGAGAAACUCCACAAGAUGAUGUUCUGAAUACUGCUAUUGCAUUUGAUUCACUAAAUGAAUGUUCUGAAAAUCAGUUUAUACAAGAUAGCAGUUCAGUGUCUCCUAAGAGAAGUAUAUUUCUUCCCAUGAUAAAUAAAGAAUCUGAUAACAAGGGAAAUAUGGAAUUAUCUGGUGUUGAAAUAGAUACAUCUGUGAAGAACAUGGACAAGAAUGACAAUAAACCAUCAGUAAUGCAUGAAACAGUUAGUAAUAAUGAUAGUGUUGCACAAAACAGCAUAGAUUCUCAAAACCCCCAAGAAGGUGGGAGUGUUUCACAAGAUUUAAUUUCAGCUUCACCAAAGAGUGACAAAGUAAAUGCUGAAAAUGAAUCUAAUGCGAAAAACAAAAAUGAUUCAGGUAAAACAAGUGAAGUUUUUCACACACGUGUCUCUCCUGCUUUAUCAACAUCUUCUUCAAGAAGCUUGACAUCUCCCAUAAGUGGCCGAGGCUCUCCUUGGUUGGGAAGAAAACGAAAACCUGCCAGAGAGGCUUUGUUGGAGGCCAUCAGUAAACGGAAUUUCUUAGAGACAGUGCAAUUAUUGGAUACUAAUUGUAUGUCCUUGGAAGUUCGAAAUGGCGAUGGACGUUCAGCUGCAUUAUUGGCUGUGGAAUGUGGAAAUAUUGAUUUGCUUGAAAGACUUAUGAAUAAAGGGGCUGACAUUAAAGCCUGCGAUUAUAAAGGUUAUUCAGCAUUGCACAUAGCUGUUACAGAGAACAAUUCAGAAAUGGUGCUCUUUCUACUCAAGAAAGGAUUGAAUCCAUUAGUAACUGAUAUUAAUGGAAAUACGGCUGUGAAACUUGCUUCAGAUUUAAAGUUUUCAACUUUAUGUGAUGUUAUGAACAAGUACAUUUCUAAGUCAACAUAAAAAUUAUUGGCUAUAACUUAAAAAAUACAAAUAUCUAUUUAUCAGUAUCAAUAUAAAGAUAUAUGUACAUACACAGGAGAUUGGAGCAUGCAUCUUUUCUUCUCUCAUUGUUGUAUUGGAAGCAAACCAAAUUGCAUUUUCAUGAACAUAUUGGUUUUUAGUUGGAUGAGAACAUUGUUCUAGAAAGUAUUGUUUCAAAAGAUAAAAGUUCCAAUGCCAUUACAAAGCAUAGGUCAAUUGCUGAAGUAGUGAGAUGUGUUCUGGUAAAUACGUUGAGUAGUUGGCCAUCUGAUGUGAAUCAUCCGAAAUAUAAAGUAUCUGAACUCAUAUUGUCUCUGAAUAAUUAUUUUUUUAAUUAGGUACUAUAUACUAUAUGCAUUCAUUUUAUUUUGUUAUACUGAAUAUUGAGAAUUAUCUCCAUUAUGCUUGACAGGGGUAAAAUAUUAAUGAGAUACUGUACUAUAGUCAAUCAUCAGACUUCAAUAAACUGACAAAUCCUGUGUUUAUUAUCUACAGGAUUUUGUAUUUGCAGUGCAGUAUUUUAAUAGUAUGUUCUCCUGAAGAAACUUUUCAUACACAAUUUUAUGUACACUUGCCAUUUUUAUGUUCGGUUAUCCGUAUUAUCGAUUAUCCAAACUAUACUUGGGCCCAGUUAGUUCAGAUAAUCGAUGCCCCACUGUAGUAAUGUUUCCAACUAAAUCACUGUAUGUAUGUGCUAAAUGGUCAAGACGUGUGAAUCACAAGUUACAAGAAAACAGUCUUAUUCCUUGCAAUUUUUAGAGUCCUUUCAGAGUCUGUAGUAAUACCCUUGAUUGUAGCCUUAAGUAACAGAAAAUAAGAGGCAAUGUGAUGGCACACUCCAUUCCUAAGUGUUACUUGGGUAUAUGAUUUGCAAUGGAUUUUUGAAAUGUAAUGACUAGACUUGAAUUUUUAGGCUCAAACAUAUUUUAAGGAUCUAGAAAUAAACUCUUAAAAAGCAAUAAGAAGUGUAAUAAUUUAUUAAAUAAGCAGUAUAGUUGAGAUGAAAAUAAUUUUCCUGAAAUUUUUAUUUUACUGAAAAAUGUUUUAUUAUUUGAUUUUGUUGGCAUUACUAUUUAAAAGGCACUUUUUUGUCACAUGAAAUCUGAAAGCAAUGAAAAAUGUACUAUCAAUCAUAUCAGACUGAUGCAUUUCAGUGUCCUGACAACGACUACAGUAGUUGUAUGGAAUUAAUGCUUGCUUGCCAAUUUGGAAAAUGGUUGACCAAAAGUGACUUGUAUGGGAGUUGAAAAACAAUUGAAUAUGUUUAUUUUACUUCAGAUAAAACCACUAUUCUCAUUUUUAAUUUUCCACCUCCAAGAACAUCAAUGGCACACAUGCAAUGAAGUUUACUUGCAGACUGAUAGGAUAGCAAGAUGUUAAUUGGUAGAAUGGUCAAUUGAAUUUUGUGGCACCCAAAGUUGAAGUUAGCAUAAAUGUUCAACUCAGGGAGCAUUUCUGGGAAGUAAACCUAGUUGAAAAAUCAAUUUGAGCAAGAGUAAGUAAUUUGCGAAAAUUGGUAGCAAUGAGAAGCAGUAAAAAUUCUUGUGAUAGCCGCAGCAAAUUAAUAAGACUGAACUCUUCAUGAGGUGAUUUGAUAAAGAAAACAAGUAAAUAGGUGAAAAGAAUUUUGAAAAUAAGAUUGUUAAUGGAAUGUCUCACAUUUAAUAUAAAGAGGUAUACUUAGGCAUUACAAAUGUAGUUCCUAUGAUUUUGUAAAAUCAUGGUUUUGUGAUUAUGUGAAAAAAUUAAAAGUGUCCUUUGCCCCCAAACCCCAAUGACUGGGGAUGUCCUGUGGUUCCCUGAUGUCAUUAGAUGUAUGAGCCUUCUUUGGAAAACUAUUUUUUGGUGAAACUCAUCCAGAGAUAACUUUGGAGUAGUGGACUAGAUGGGGAAGAGGAAUUUAAGCAAUUUAUGUUAUUGACUACUAUCUACAUUAUUAUGAGGUGACUUCAAGAGAGGGAAAAAUAGGAGUACUUUGGCUUCUAAUGUGACGUUAUUACAGUGUUGUUGAUGGUCUGCUGAAGUUCAUUCCUUUUCAUGUUCUCAUAGAUGUGCUAGAUUGUUUCUCUGUGACAUCUUCAUACUACUAUGAACAGGAUUGACACAGAGAUGUGAGCACCUAUGUAGAGUUUUUACAGAAUAUUCUGAUUUCUUUAUAAUAAAUAUUAUAAGAGAAUGUCAGAAGUGUCAAACCCUGUUGAGUGCAAUAUCUAUUUCACUUUAGUAAUGGAGUUGAAGGGAAGAAUCACGGUGGCAAUGCUCUUUUGAAUUACUUUCAAUUGGAUAUUCUGAAAAAUCACCAUUUUCAAUUACUUUUUAUGACAUGUCAAUGCAAUCCACUAUGUCUACCAUCUAAAACACCAUCUAUGCAUUAUGGUCACGGUUUUAGAAUGUAUUGUGAUCCUCUUAUCUGAGAAAAAGAACUGUUAUGAUUUGUGCCCCAAUCUUGAUGUAUGUUUCAUUGUAACAACUUACAAGUUUAUCCCAUUAUUUUCUUUAAUUUUUUACCUACAACUUGAUGUGAGAUCACCACAGCAAUGUAUAAAGUUAUUCUUAUACAGAAAAUAAUCCUAAAUUGUUUUGUGAGAUCAGUAAAAUUUCUAAUAUAUCUCACUUCUUUUAAUGAUUCAAGAAGUAUGUUGUAAGAUCCUUUAAGUUGAAAUAAAAAAAAAUAUAAAAAAUAUUAGGGUUUUUAUUUAUGCAAUUCAAAAAUAUUUUUUUCCUUGUCUGUAAUUAAUGUUUACUUUUCCCAAUACUAUAGUCUUGGAGUAACCUCAACAAAAGAAUCUCGAAAUUUUUGAUCUUUGAAACUCUGUUUAAGGUAAUUUUAAGCUGUAACUUAACACAUAUAAUCAAUAGUAUCUAUUAAAUGAUGUUUCAAUGAUGAUGAACCCUUAAAUGGAGCACCUUUUUUUUUCAUUAUGUAAGUUAAGCACCAGGGUCCAAGGAACUCUGAUUUAAAAUGAAGGUUUAACUGAGGUGAAAUAUACAAAAAUAUCCCUUUUGUACUUUAUGUUAGUGAAAUAACAAAAGGAAAUAGAGAGAGAGUUUGAAGUGUUAAGAAAUUUAAAAGUAAGAAUAAUUUAAUGAUGAGAUUAAAUAGUAGACAUUAUGUUUCCGAGUUGCUCCUUCAUAAGGGAAAUUUUAUUUUUAUUAUUAUUAUUGUGGUU